AGAAUAUACGAGUAAUUAAAUAAUCAACACAAUUUGAAGACAAAAUGAACAUGCUCAUUUUAUUGCCAUUGUUGGUCGGCUCAUGCCUGGCGACACCCAUUCAGCCUCAACCGCAAGGUUACAAUAUUAAGACCAUAAAGGGCAGACAAUUCAGGGAUGAGAUCCGCAGCUCCGAUGGCAUCGUUUACGGCAAAUACGGCUUUCAGGACCCGACCGGGGGACUCCGUAUCGUGAAAUACACUGCGGGAAAAGACGGUAUCCAAUCGCAGGGCGAUGGUAUACAGGCGGGACCUCCCGGGUCGGGAAUCCCGAUCUCUUCGCAGCCUAUUGUGUGGAACUCUAAUGAGCCCAUAUAUGUAGAUCAGGCACCGCUCACAUACGGCUCGUACAACCCCUCUGUCCGACACCAGUCCGAGCCCUUCAUCACCGAAAGGGAUCAACAAAGAUAUCUCAAUAUCGAUGAGUCCAUCGAUGGUGUCCGCGAUGAAGUGAUCGACGACUCAAAACCGGUGACCGAACCCAAGUCGGAGGUCGAGCCAAAGGACGAGUCUAAGGACAGACAGCCGGUCAACGACCAGCAGCAGCCGUCGCUACUCGUGUCGGGUGUCUCCCCAGUGAACGUCCAGAGACAGGUGCUGUCCGGCGACGACCACAUCUUCCCGCAGGUGCUGUUCGGUCAGCGCCGUCUCGUUGAGCCCCAAACCCAACAACAGCCACAACAACAACAACAGUACGCCAUUAAAGGCAAGUCAUUGGUCCGACCGAUCGUCGGCUACGGCCAGCCAUUGAUACCCCGACAGCAAGUGGUCUACCAGACUGUCCAACAGCCCCAACAGUUCCCCAUAUCUGUUGAAGACCAUAGAGUGUCCUCGCAGGGCGUGAAGCGGCCGGUGAUUGAAUACCAGGUGAGACCUGUCCAACAGCAACAGCAGGUCCAGCAACAGGUGCAGCCACACGUGCCCCGCGAGUGGGUCCGCAAACCCUCCUAUCAGGUGCUGCCCGCGCAGGGAGUGAAGGGCUAUUCAUCCCAAAGAAACAACUAUCAGUACUUCAUUCAGCCGGUGAUACCGUCGGUGAACAUCGAUCUGAUCCAAAGACAGCCCCAACAACAACAGGUGUAUCAGCAACAGGUAUACCAGCAACAGGUGCCUCAAGUGUUGAGCCUAACUCACGAGCAACAGGUGCCGCUCGUCGACCAACGUCGCGAUCUCGUCGACCAGCGUAUUGUCGUCCAACAGCAGGACUCGCAUGUGGGCCACGACGUGGACCACCGCCCGCUACCCGUCGGUCAGGACCUGAAAACUCAGGACAUUGUUAGCCAGAAACAGGCGGUGAAGACGCCGGUUGUCGGUGACCACAAAGUGGUGAUCCACGAGUCCGUCAGACAGUCGGUGCCCACUAUUAUUGGCGGCCAUCGAGUGAUCAGCUACCAGUUGCCGACACAACAGCUACAGCAGCAACAGUUUGUGUACCCACAGGUCCAACAGUACUACACCGGGUCGUCCAUACCCUCCCAACCGCAACAACAACAGCAGCCCAUUCAACACUCUCUCCCCAUCUCUGAUCUCCAGCAAUACUAUUCACUCAUCGCCCAGACGCCCAUCCAAUACGAUAAUCAGUACGUGUCAUAUAUUGGUGGCCAACAGCCCUACCAGUACUCGUCGCCCAUUGACCAACAGGUGCCCCAACAACAGGUGUCGGCCAUUCAGGGCCAGGAGAUUGGCACUGAACAGCCCACACAGUUUGGCGUAGGCCAGGGAGUACAGGGUGUUCAACAAGUGCGCGUACAGGGUGCGCAACAGCAUCUGUCCGAUGAUUUGUCUGUGGUCGGCCGCGGUCAGGACCAGAGGGUACCCCAACGCCAGCAACAGAUCCAGUACUCGGUUGACCAAAAUCAUGGUGAUUUUAUCAAGGACACAGACAAAUCGCUAGAUUCACUGUUAUCUAUUGAUUUAGAAACACCAAAAGAAACAAAUCUCCGGGUUUGGGAGCCUAUUCCCAAACCCAAUAUGAGUUCCGUUAUUAGCCCCGACCUGAAAACUGAAGCAAACAAAGUGGUGGACAGUCUAUGGCCUAAUGAGGAUGAGACCGAUAAAAAGCACAGGAAGAAGAAGAAGAAGAGGAAGCGGAAGAAACACCACUCGUCAGGCCGUCAAAUAACCAACAUGAAACAGGAUUACGUGGCCAACGUGAACGUGGUUAAUAAUAAUGCCGGUGCUGCCGGUGUGCCUGGUGUAAAUACAACAACUACAACAAACAGUACAGCCACGACAGUAACCGCAUCUACCACUACGGCUGCUACGGUAGCGCCGGCUAAUAUAGUGGGCAAUGCCAUCAGUAACGCUACCAGUGCUGUACCUGCCGUUGCAAAUGCUAUCACACCUGUUGUUAAUAGCAUUACAAGUGCUUUGACGGGUAUUUUGGGUAGUUUGGGCAGUGCGGCCGGUGGCUAA